AUGCAUUUCAAAAGUCUCUUCUUGCUCCUUACACCCGCUGACAGCUGCUGGCCUUCAUCUUUCAAAUGGAACUCCCUUAACGCAUCCGUUGACGGGCAGCUCAUCGCCAACCAACCUAUUGCCAAACCGUGCUACCCCGGUAUAGGCUAUGAUGCCCAGCUAUGUCAAGAUAUCAGCCAGGAAUGGACCAACUCAAAAUUUCAAGAAGCUUCCCCCAUCGGGUACACUUAUCCAGUUGCUGACACUUGUCCACCAAUCAACGCCUCCGUGGCCGUUUACCCCUUGUGCCAGCUGGGUGCUGUCCCAGUAUACACUAUCAAUGCGACCAAAGCAAAUGAUGUGUCGGCUGGUAUCAGAUUUGCUAAAGAGAACAAUCUGCGACUUGUGAUAAAAAAUACUGGCCACGAUAUCGUGCAAAGAUCGCAAGGAUACGGCAGCUUGAUGAUUUGGAUCAAGUAUAUCCAGACUGGACUUCAUUUCCAAGAGCGCUACGUCCCAUCAAACUUUUCUUGUCGAGCCAACUGGACUGGAAGCGCCAUCACAGUUGGUGGCGGAUAUAUCUGGGAGGAUGUGUAUGCACUUGCAGCCAAGCACAGCUCUAUUGCUGUUGGUGGUGAUGACAAAACUGUGGGAGUUAUUGGAGGCUAUAUCCAGGGCGCUGGCCAUGGCCCUACAAGCCACGCUUUUGGGCUAGCGACGGACCAAGUCCUCGAAUAUACAGUGGUUUUAGCAUCGGGAAAGAUUGUUAUAGCAAACGCAUGCUAUUAUCCAGAUUUAUUCACUGCUCUGCGUGGUGGAGGUGGUGGUACGUUCGGUGUUGUCGUAUCAGCUACGAUCAAAGUACAUCCUACGCGCCCGGUCCUCGCCCAUACAUUACUCAUGACUUUAAAAGAAGGCAACUUGACCAGUCUAGUUAAUGCCUCCGGAAACGCCUUGUCUAAGUAUCCGCUUCUUUCGGACCGGGGAUUCGGAGGUAUCGGUGCGCUGCUGAAUAUGAAAGGAUCGACUCUCUACAGUCACACUUUCAUUAAGCUUCUUGAAGGCAACUCUUCCGAGACCAUUGAGAAUGAUAAGCAGUUUGUGAACGAUCACCUGAUCAGUGGGUUACUUCUGUAUAACAAUACAGAGCUGAAUAUUGUCUCCUCCUUCAAUCAAUACCUGACAUUCCACAAAUACUUCACCUCGGGAAGUCACCAAGCCAAUGCCGGAGAUAGUCUGCUCAUGGUCUCUCGGUUCUUUAACAAGGAUUCUUUGUUGUCCCAGCAUGAAAGCCUGUCGAGUAUGCUCAGGACUUUGUUCAUCGAGACAGGACCAGGGGCCCGUCCCUCUGGAUCUGGACUCAGCCUGUCUCUCGAUGGAGGUGGUCAAGUCCUACACCCGGAGCCGCACACCUCUGUCAACCCAGCAUGGCGGAAGACUUAUACUCUCUUGACGCAUGUCGAUCUAUAUCCCCUUAAUGAGGGGGCACAAGGCGUCCAGGAAGUCAAGGGCAAGGCUACUUUCAAGAAACUUAAGGCUAUGGAGAAGCUGACACCAGGCAUGGGCACUUAUCUCAACGAAGCCGACGGAUUUGACCCUCAAUGGCGGGAGAAUUGGUUUGGAGCGAACUACGAUUGGCUCAAGUCCGUGAAGCGCAAGUAUGACCCGGAAGACGUCUUUUGGUGCUGGCGAUGCGUUGGAAAUGAGGGCUGGGAAGAAGUUAAGGGGGGCACGACCUUCGGGCCCUUGUGUAAGACUGACCAGGCUUCAGGGUGA